AUGUUUUAUAAGGAUUUUCCAAGCGAUCAACUUGAAGCAAAUGAAGAAAACGCAGUACACAAAGAAUUAGAAGAAGAAAAUACAUCUCCUAUGACAAUUUCAGAAGAUUUAACAAUACAAGUUAUGACAGCCAUUGAAAAUUUAGAGGAUUUCUUACCAAUUCUCCGAGAAGCAUAUCCACUUGUAUUUCCCAUACUUAAUGUACCAAUAAUACACGAAUUUGGAGCAUAUUUAAGGCAAAGAGGACCAAAUUGUUUUGAAAUUCUCAAAUAUAUUAUUGAAAGUAACGACACAAAUCGUUCGAUGAUGCUAUCAGUAGGAAUUAUCGAUGAAGAGAUUACAGGCGAUCUUCCUGAUUCUUUUGAAUUAAUUUACAAUUUACUGAGCAUUAAUGGAUCUGAGAUGCAUAAAAAUCACUUCAUAAACGCAAACGGUAUCUUCCACAUAGGAAGACUUGCAAUGAAUCCAGAAACUCAAAUGCAAGCUGUAUUACUAUUCGGAUUACUAUAUGGAGAUAUUUUUAUCGACUAUAGUUUUGAUUACUACGAUUUCUCACGGUUUUGUAUAACUGCAGAAAAACAUGAAGAAGUAAAUCCUCAAAAUCCUGAUAAUCCUACUGAAGUAGUUACUGUAUUAUCAAAUGACAAUGACCAGAUAAACGAUUGGCAUUUCAAUAUGGUUGAUAUCAUGAAAUUGUUAUUAGAAUCUCCAAAUCGUGACGUAUUUAUUUGCACGGUCAACGGAAUCAAUACUAUAUUCAAGUAUUCACCACGUGCUAUAACAACUCUAGGUUUCCACUUUUUCGUUUUCACUGGAGCAGCAGAUUUAGAUGCAGAGCUCUGUACUUAUUGUUAUGAAGCAUUGGCAAAUGCAUUUAGAAUGGACCUUUGUCAAUGCAUUCCUCCUGACCAAUAUAAUGGAUUUCGUAAUAAAAUUAGCGAAAUCAUAAAUUCUCCAGAUUCUGUUGAAAAAAUUGCAACAAGCUGCAUCCAUAUUUGCAAUGCUAUUAUAGAUUCUGCAGAUGUCUAUCAUAUGGAAAGUAUUUUAGACGUUUUUGCAGGAACUGAAAUUAUUCAAGGGUUAAAGAACAGAGUUAUUGAUGGAAGGUUUAAAGACAUAGUUCCUGCAACAUUAUGUCUAUGCAAACUAGUUGAAAAAUCAUACAAAUUCCAAGAUUUAUUGAAAUUAAGAGAAUUAGAAAUCAUUGAUGUAUUUUGCACAGCUCUUGAUGGAAUCGGAGGCUUUGAAAGCAGAGAUGCAGCGGAAAUACUCAGAGCCCUUAUAAAACUAUUACAAGAGCAAAUUGAUAGAGAUAGAAAUAAUUUUUCGCAAGAAGAAAUCACUGAACUUAUAGAUUUAGAUCCAACAAUACAAGAAAUUCUUGGUUCGCAGAACGAAAUUUUGAAAAAUCAAGCUACACGUCUUUCUCAAAUAUUUGAAACAUUGUUUGUUAAUGAAUAG